CGCAACUACACCUACGGCCGCGGGUGGCCCGACGCGCAGCCGGAGAGGGUCGGCCACGGCGACGGCGACGGCACCGUCAACGUCGAGUCGGCGGAGGUGUGCCGCCGCUGGCCGGGCACAAACGUGACGGUGCUUCGCGGUGUCGCGCACAUGGACAUCGUCAAGGACGGCGACUUCAUCGCCGCAGUUGAAGCCUUGCUAGCCGACGUAGGGGCGCCGCCCGCUGAAGGAGUGCGGGCCGAGCGGGGGAGUGAGAUUGCUGUGUGA